AUGUUCUUUACAAGUGCUUUAUUAACGACCAAGCAAGAGUCCGUGGCUGCCUCCUGCGCCUGCAAUUACCAAUGUGUUGAACUUUAUCUAAGGCGUCGAUGGUGCCCUUCAGAGCAAGGCCACACACGGGAUCUUCCGAUCCGCUGUUUCCCUGUCCAACUGCCGCUUCGUCGUUGGCUGGUGCGCACAUCUUCCAUUGAUCAGACUUUUAUUUUUGCGGAUGGCCAGCUGGCCUGCAGUAAUCUCGCGGAGUAUCCUUUUGUUUACAUUUGGUGUUCUCCUUUUCUGCGCGUGCGACGCGUUGCAUGGAAUUAG